AUGGCCACCAUAAUGUCGCAUAAUUUACCCCUAAUACCACUGCCGCUCAAGGCGGGUGUGGCGUUGGCCAAGGCUAGCCUGAUGCUGCCCGGUGCCGGUUUGCUCGGGCUUGCGGCCGUGCCCGAGUCGCGCAAAUCGUCCUCCACAUCGCCGGAAGCGACACGAGCGGGUGAUAGCCCAAAACCCCCGGCCGAGGAGGAAGAUCUCGACCGGAUGAGUUGCUGCAGCGAUGACAGUGAGCUGUCCGUUGGCCAGGAGAUCGCGGAUGAUUUGCGUGCCCCACCGACGCUGCUCAACGCGCCCGAUGAGCUGAGCAAUGAUUCGUCCCGCUACUCGAAGGACACCCCAUCGGAGCUGGAGUUUGCCGCCCGGUUGCAGCCCUCGAUGAUGCGACCGAGUCCGACCCGGCUGCACGAGGAGUUCCUGCGCAAUUCGCAGCUGUACGCCGAGGAGCUGAUGCGCCAACAGAUGCAGAUAGUGGCGGCCGCCCGUGGUCUUACGAUGAGCCCGGCGAAAAGUUCCCUGGGAGGGCUGCAAUCCGAGCGAAGUCCAACGCCUGGUGAACCUAGGAUGGGUUUUCGGCCGGCAGGCACUCGGGGUGAUUUCUACCGACAGGAUGCAUCGUCGCCGGGUGAGGGAGCUGGCGGGGCCGGGGGCGCCAGCUUCCGGGGCAUCCAUUCCCACCUGAGUGCGAUAUCGCAGAUCACCCAGAAUCUCAACAGUGACCUCUCGAAGCUAACGUCUCCGACGGCGUUCCGUACGUCGCGCGAAAGCUCCCAGUCACCACCGUCGGCUACGGUUCCGAACCAUCUGCACGGUCUGCAUCAGCUCCAUCAGCAGCAACAGCAGCAACAGCAGCACCAGCAGCAACUACAUCAGCAACACCAACAGCAUCAGCUGGCGCUGGCCGCCCUGAACAACAACAUCGCCGUGGCACUGAACGACCAAAGCCUUAAGUUUAGCAUCGACAAUAUCCUGAAAGCCGACUUUGGGCGUCGUAUUACCGAUCCGCUGCUGCUGAAGCGUGCUGCACCGAAGGGUGGCCAUCAGUCGCACCAUCACCACCACCAUCACCAUGUGCCAUCGGGAAGCAGAAAGACCGCAAGCAAAAGCCCGUCGGCAAUCGAUCUCAGCGGUGGCAUCGGGUCGGAGCAAACGGCCUCCUCGGCGACACUAGCGCCCCUGCUGGCCGGUACCGCAACCGUGCCGGGCAGCAUAGCGAGCGCACUCUCGUCGGUGAAACAGUUCUGUACGGCUGUCAGCACCACGACCAGCAGCAGCCGUGCAAGUUCUGGUUCGGUCAGUUCGGUCGGUUCGGUUGGCAGUGAGGAUGUGAGUCCUAUUUCGCCCCUCUCGUCGACGGGUUCGCUGAAGGGGGCGGAAUCCAGUGCCGGUGGGGGAAGUUCGGGUGCGACCGGGAGUGGUGGUGGCGGUGGUGCUAGUGGUAGUGCGGGGUCCAGUUCCGGUUCGGGCAGCUCGGGAUCCGGUUCCGGUGGUCCGAUGGUUUGGCCCGCCUGGGUGUAUUGCACCCGGUACAGCGAUCGACCUAGUUCAGGUAGGUGUCCACGAACGCGCAAACCAAAGAAAAGCCCGGCGGAAAAGAGCAGCAGUGCGGCGCAACAGACUGCAGCAUCGGCACUCGCGGACGAUAAGCGACCACGGACGGCAUUCAGCGGACCCCAGCUGGCACGGUUAAAGCACGAGUUUGCCGAAAACCGAUACCUCACCGAGCGUCGCCGUCAGCAGCUGAGUGCCGAGCUGGGCCUCAACGAGGCACAGAUCAAAAUCUGGUUCCAGAACAAACGCGCCAAAAUCAAGAAAUCGUCCGGCCAGAAGAACCCCCUCGCCCUGCAACUGAUGGCCCAGGGUCUGUACAAUCACUCAACCGUCCCGUUGACCCGCGAGGAAGAGGAACUGCAAGAGAUGCAGGCGGCGGCAGCCGCAGCCGCCGAAUCACGCACCGGAUCAGCCGGACCGGCGGCAUCCGCGACCGCAGCCAACGCGUAA